CAAAAUGGCAGCGCCCUGUGGUCCAUCCGUGUUGUUGGCCUGAUGUUGUGAACGGAGCGAUUUAAUAUUUUCCCACUUUUAAAAUCAGGUUUUCUCGUCUUCAUUUCAGAGGAGUAAUGGCCGCUGCAGGAAAGUCGGUUAAAAAGGAAAUCAAAAAGCAUAUUUCAGUCAAGACCUCUUUCACUUCACCGUUCACUCCAAAAUGGGGCCCACUUCCACAAGCAGACAUGCAUUUCAUCCUGAAAACCCUGAAGGACAAGCUGGUCUCCACUGGUCUUGAGAAAAAAGAGGUAAAAGUGUUUCGCCCAUGGAGGAAAAAGAAAGUCCAGAAACCUGCGGUCACAUCAGAACUGGUUCCCCAGGUGAGCCAGGACGCACAGGUACAGGAUUCUCCCAAAAACGGCUGGACAGAUGUGGCAGCGAGGAAGCAACUGGCCAUUGGCAUCAACGAGGUCACUAAAGCUCUGGAGAGGAACGAGCUCAAACUGUUGCUUGUGUGCAAGUCUGUCAAGCCGCCACACAUGACGGAUCACCUGAUAGCACUGAGCGCAACAAGAGGUGUGCCAGCCUGCCAGGUGCCUCGUCUGAGCCAGAGCGUAUCGGAGCCGCUCGGCCUGAAAAGUGUCCUCGCUCUGGGAUUCAGACAGUGUGCCUCCAAAGAGGACGGGAUGUUCACUGACGCUGUCGAGGCCAUAAGACUCAGAGUGCCUUCAGUAGAUGUUGCAUGGCUACAAGGAGCAGCACCCGGAGUAACACCUGAAGACCCCGUUGACGUGGAAAACGAGGAGGAAGUUGACGAGAAGAAGGGCCAGAAAAGGAAACAUGAGAGUGAUUCUGAGGAUGUCACUCUGCAACCUCUCAAAGUGAAAAAAAUUGUUGCUAACCCUGCAAAGAACAUAAAAAAGUUGAAGUCCUCAUAGCCAGUCAAAUAAAACAGAGACUCUGCUCAGAAAUGAAAAGAAACUUGCCUGAGAUGGGUCCCUAAUUCAUUACAGUGAACCAGAAUUGAAACACUUACAUUCUCUGUUUUCAGCUUCUCCAACGUGAUGGUCUGCAGCUUUUUCUUUAGGUAGUUUAUUGAAUAUCUUUGGGGUUUUGGACUGUUGUACAUACAAGACAAUUAAGUCAGAGAGAGAGACAUCACCAUGUAUACAUGGAACUUUUUUUUCUUCAUAGACAAAGCAAAUAGCAAUUUAGCAGAUUAAUAGAUUAUGAAUAUAAUUGUCGGUGGCAGCCUUACAGUUAACACCAUGUCUACUUUUACAUUAUUUGUUAGAACGGGCAACCUCUUUAAAGCAAGUAAUUCUCUGUUCUCAUACUCCUUAUAAAUGAAAGGACACCUGUAGCAUCAUGGAGGGUAAGGGGGGGGAAAGUAUGCUAUGGUUCGGAGGAUGUCCUGCAGUUUACAUGACUUAGAAUAAAUUGGUUUAAAAACUAUGAGGCGACUGGUAUGAUCAUUUAAAUUGACUUUGUUUUUUAAGUAAAAUUUCAUUAGCCAAAAACUGAAAUCAAUCAAUUAAAUUGAUGUUAUUGUGUUUCAGAAUGAAACCUACUAAACUAUGUGUGAGAAAAUGUAUUUUUCAUGUUCUUUCGUAAUAUAACAAACAUUUCAAAUCCCAACAAAUAAAAA